AUGGCAACAAGAUACAAUCCAAAGAACAUUCUGAUAACUGGAGCAGCUGGUUUCAUUGCAUCACAUGUAUGCAACAGGCUAAUCAGAAACUACCCUGAUUACAAGGUUGUUGUUCUUGACAAGCUUGAUUACUGUUCAAAUCUGAAGAACCUGCUUCCAUCAAGAUGUUCUUCGAAUUUCAAGUUCAUCAAGGGAGAUAUAUGCAGUGCUGACAUUGUUAACUACAUUCUUCUCACUGAGUCCAUUGAUACCAUAAUGCACUUUGCAGCACAGACUCAUGUUGAUAACUCCUUUGGCAACAGCUUUCAGUUCACUCAGAACAACAUCUAUGGAACUCAUGUUCUCUUGGAAGCUUGCAAAGUUAGUGGUGGACAAGUUAAGAGGUUCAUCCAUGUCAGCACAGAUGAAGUUUAUGGUGAGAACUAA